AUUCAUUUGUUUGCCAUCUGUCUAUUGAUGGUCUACUUUGAUUACCACUUGGCAAUGUUGAUUGACAGAAGCAGUAGUUUCACUCUGCAUGGUCUCCAGCUGUCGCCUUUUUACCACUCAUUUGUUAUGUUUUCUCAAAUGUCUCAGAUUAGUCAUUUAAGCUUUAGAGUUUUGGAGUGAGUCUUCUUCUAAAUCUAAUUCUCUAGCAAUACUCAUUUCAGUUGCAAAGCUUUAAGGUGAUGCUUCUCCUCUACUUCUUUUACAUUUCUGUGUAUUAGUUGAUGAUUCUUUCUAUUUAGAGUAAGAAAAGUUCUUUGUAGUCAGUUGUAUUAGAUAGAGGCAGAAUUUGUCUUAAAAAGAAAUGAGGAAUAUACAUAAUUGACUUAUAAUGGAUCAAACUUUUCAGUAUGUUUUUUGUUAUUAAUUAUCUAUGUAUGUGAGAUUUAAUUUUCAUUGUUUGUUUCAGGUCUGCUUAAACUCUUUCUGCAAAUCAGCAAUAGUUUUUGCUCAAAAUGUCCAGAAAUUACUUGCUUUCUGAUUCUCCAGAUGGUAAGAGGGAAUGAAUGUUGAUAUCUUAUUAGAAAAAUAACUUUUAUGAAUAUGUUGUUUGAAUUUUCAAUCCAUGGUUAUUUUUCUUUGCUUUUAGAUCCAAUUGUCACAUCAUCGGUAAUUAGAGAUCUUGAAGGGGAAUUUAUGACGGGCCAUAUUAUACUUCGACUCAUUCAUAUUUGGUAUUCUGAUGAAUAUAUUGGAACUGAAGCAAAUCAGUUUAUGUAUACACUAUGGAUUGACAAAGAGGUUUGUAUAUGCAUUUCUAUUGUCAUAAUUGUUGUAUUUAUAAUUGAAAAUUGUUCAGAUAUAAAGUUAUUUCUAUUCGUGGGUUGAAAUUCAAGAAAUGAUGUAUCCAGUGGUUGUUACAUUCACAAGUAUCUUGGUUUAUGAGCCUGAACCCAAUUGUAAGAAUUCAUAAUUAUGUCAUUAUUAUGUGUUUGUUUUGUUAUUUUAUCAUUAUUAUUAAGGAAUUUUUGGAUAAGUUGUAGUUAAUCUGCUCCUCACGAGCACAAAUGCAAUACGCUUGAUACGUGGUUCGUAUACGCAUCGAUAUAGGGCACUGUUGAACAGGUUAGGUAUAGAGUUCAUGGUUUGAAUUAUUCUUAUAUUUCAAAUAUAAAGUAUUAAUGAUUGACCAAAGUUUCUUAAUAGAUAUUUUCAUGAGCAUAGACCGAUUAUGAUACUUGAACAUACAAGAACAAGGAAUGUUUCUUGCUUUAGAGAUCCUUUGCCAGUUGUGGUUACCUUACAGAUGAUGCGUACAUUCCUUUCUAAUGCUGAUAUCAAUCUUGAGGUAUAUUGUUUUACAUUGUUUGAUAAGUUAAAUUGAAUAAAAUUCUUUCUCUGAUAUUGAUAUAGUUCCAUGUAGGCAAGAUAUUGGUGUUUGGUACAAAUUGAGGAUUUUAUUGCAGAUCAUGGAAUAGUGAGACAAGAAAAUACCGUUUAUUGGUAUGUUAGAAUAAAUUUUACCUUUUGUUACUUUUUUGUCAUCUAUAAGUAGUGAUGUACCUUUUUUAUUGAAUGCAGGUAUGAUGCAUUAGUGUUUUGCAAAGAUUUCGUAGAUAGUGAAAGUAUUGAGUUUGGCCAUUCGGCAAUGGUUCAAUUGUUGCAAAUGUCAGCUCAAGAUUUCAGUAUUCUUCAACAUUUUGAGCAAGAGGGAAAGAUUGAGCGAAUACGAGGAAAAUAUUUUACUGUAGAACUAUCUAUCUCAGAAUGUUCCCAAGGAAAUAGACAUAUGACUGUGACUGUUCUAUGGAGUCCAUUAUGUUCACGUAUUGUUUAGGACUUAGACUGGCAGUUUUAGUAGUGUUUAUUAGCAAUGUAUAUGUAAUCUUAUUUUCUUUGUUUUCAGUUUUUGUAAUUGAUCGUCUUUAAGACAAAAGGAUAUCUACGAAUUCCAUUCGUAUAUCUUGCUUAGACUAAAAUUGUACUAUGUUCAAAGUAAAACAAUAAUGAUGGAAAUUGAAUCUUAGUGGUAUUGAUGUACCAAUUAUUAAAAGGAUAAAGAAAUUAAUUUCACAAUCUAUUCUAACUAAUUUCUAUGUAAUUUCGUGUCUUGAAAUCGUUCAUAUGAUAGUGAAAAAAGUUAAGGUAUUUUGUAAUAUCCAUCAAAUUAUUUAGACAAAUAUACAGGUAUUAAUUAUUAAUUUAAUUACUAUUCAUCACAAUUAUAUAAAUAAUGGGCUGUCUUUUAGCAUAUAAUUAGAUAUGUUAAUUGGGCCAAGUAUUAUCAUGUUUAGCCACAAUAAGAAACUGUUUUAUGCUUAUAUUGAAUUUCUAUAGUUUUCUGGGGCCCCCAGUGUAUAAUGGAUAUCAGAUACAAAGAUUUCAUAAGUGACUAUUAUUGGGUCAUGGUUCAGUCCAUUAGGAGGACAAUUUAUGGCCCAGUGGAUCUCCAAUGUCCGAUUUUUAUAAGUGGUAAUAGUACAGUGAUAGUAUCAACUCCUAAGAGCCUUGUUCUAUUUCUAUUCGGCAGAAUAAAAAAAAUACUAAAAUAGAAAAUAUAUUUCGGAGAGAUGGUCGAGUGGUUGAUAGCUCCGGUCUUGAACACCGGUAUAGUUCUUUGCGAACUAUCAAUGGUUCGAAUCCUUAGGUCAUAUGAAGUCAAAUGGUAGAAAAUUCUUUUAUAAUGGAUAAUACUACGCAGAAAUUUGAUACAAUAAUUCCAAUUCUAUUGUUGAUUGGAGCCUUGGAAAAAAUCCUGGCAGUUUUAGUAGUGUUUAUUAGCAAUGUACAUGUAACCUUAUUUUCUUUGUUUUCAGUUUUUGUAAUUUAUCGUCUUUAAGACAAAAGGAUAUCUACAAAUUCCACUCGUAUAUCUUUCUUAGACUAAAACUGUAUUAUGUCCAAAGUGAAACAAUAAUGAUGGAAAUUGAAUCUUAGUGGUAUCGAUGUACCAAUUAUUAAAAGGAUAAAGAAAUUAAUUUCAUAAUCUAUUCUAUCUAAUUUCUAUGUAAUUUCGUGUCUUGAAUUCGUUCAUAUGAUAGUGAAAAAAAUGAAGGUAUUUUGUAAUAUCCAUCAAUUUAUUUAGACAAAUAUACAUGUAUUAAUUAUUAAUUGAAUUACUAUCCAUCACAAUUAUAUACAUAAUGGGCCAUCUUUUAGGAUAUAAACAGAUAUGUCAAUUGAGCCCAAUAUUGUCAUAUUUAGCUCGGAUAAGAAAUUGUUUUAUGCUUAUAUUGAAUUUCUAUAGUUUUCUGGGGGCCCAGUCUAUAAUGGAUAUCAGAUACAAAAAUUUCACAUGUGACUAUUAUAGGGUCAUGGUUCGGUCCAUUAAGUGGACAAUUUAUGGCCCAGUGGAUCUCCAAUGUCCGAGUUUUAUAAGUGGUAAGUAAUCGUUUAGGGACCAACUUCCACCGCCUUUUCAUUUCAGUUCUAACUCUACCUUUUCAACUUCCUCUGUUCUUUGAACUCUUUUUCCCCGAGGCUACAGUACUUCGCAACUUCCAGAUCAGAGUUGCUUAGUUAUAUAUUCAUGAGGUAUGAUUCCCGAUGGUUUUUCUUUCUGUAUUUUGUCUUUGUUUCUUUACAUUUGAACCAAUCUUUGACCUUUUAUUGUCUUUUUAUAUCAGUCAUCGUUGUAUAAUGCCUCGUGAUUUCAAACUUCCAACUCUUCCACAAGGUAUCAUGCUCAGUUACUUUGUAUUUGAACUUUCUCUUUGUUGGUUUGUGAAUGAAAACUAUUGAAGUCUUAGGUUUUGGGUUUUUGGUUAUCUGUUCUUUAUUACAGACCCAAUUUCCACAUGCAUUGUCUUUCGUGGACUGCGGAUUGGUGUUUAUACAGAUAUUAUGAUAAUCCGAGUUCUUAAUGUGUGGAUUGAGUAUAGUGACGACUCUCCACAACGUAGAAGAACAAUGCAUGUGCUGUGUCUUGACAAAGAGGUUUGUCAUUGAUCUAUAUAUUGUAAUAUUUACUGUUUGUGUGUUGGUUGUAGUGAUUAACUAAAUUACAUUUAAGAGGAACGUAUGCUAGAGGCAUGUAUUGAAGAAGAUGACAUUGAAGAAAUCCAUGAUAAGUUGAAGGUCGGCGAUUUACAUUUUCUGGAUGGAUUUCAUGUAAUCCCUGCAAGGGAAAACAAACAUGUUGUUCUGCUGAAGUUCGCUUUUCCCUAAAGAGUCAGCAGAUUAUAUUUUGCGUGCCUGACAAUCAGAGUUAUCCCAAGUUUCCUAUCAACAAUUUUAUGAAAACUUCAUUCUCAGCUGUUCCAAUAGAGGCAGAGACAGUUGUGAAUUAUGGAGGUAUUUUCCUUGGAAGUUGUUUUUAUAAAAAUUGUUUAGAAUUAUUUACUUACUAUUAAUUUUAUUACAGAUGUUAUAGGCUGUGUUGUUCAUCUAACAAUUCCAGAGGUCUCAACUAAUAAUGUUUUCGGAUUUCAGCUCGUCAUAGAAGACUGCAGGUGUCUUGUGUGUUCUUAUGUUGAUUUUUGUUUGUUGGACUUUUAUGUGGGAUUAACUGAUUUUUUUUAUUUUGUGUAGAGGGGACAGGGCGACAGUGUAUUACUCUGGAUCUGAGGUUACAAAAUAUUUGGAACUUGCAGGGGAUUCUGAAUCUCGGCUUCCUCUCAUUACCACUAUUACUGUUGUUACAAGGCUUCCCGUUACAGGUAGCAAUGAAGAUGCAUAUGCAUUUCAAUCUUCACCUAGGAGUCGUCUGAUCAUUGCUUCCUAUAAUCACCAUUAUGAAAAACUCAUAAAUAGGUAUGAUUAUAUUAGAAUUCUAUGUUUAUAUAUUAUUAAAACUACUCUGUUGGAUGUAAACAAAAAAUACAUACAUUCUUUUUGUUGUUUUAGGUUCAUAGGUGAUCGGGUGCCAGUGACUUACAUUAAUAGUGCUUCUCACUGCUCUAUUGGCUAUCUUCGUGGUCUUCUUCCUCCCAAAAGGACACUCCGGCAACUAAAAGACGAUAUUAUGUUCCGUUCACAGAACUACCAGGUACAUGUAUAAUAUUGUAUGUUUUAAUUCUAUUGGAUCACACAUAUCCCAAAUUUAUAGUAAUAUAUUAACCUAUUAUAAAAAAAUUCUUCUUUUAGACUCACUAUCGUUGUGUGCUGGAAGUGUCAAGGUUUACCUAUGGUCCAGAAGUCUACAAAUCAAGUUCAGGUUUUCCAAGGUAUGAUUCAAUUUUAUGUUUUACUAAUAGUCUGUUGUCUAUUGCAUUUAAGAAAACUGAAAGUGUUCCUUUUAUUAUUUAAUUUAGGGUACGAUAUGAAUUAGAUGCGACAUGUCAAUGUGAAGGCGAUUUUGUUGAUGUUAUCCUUGAUCAUGAAGCUGUGUUGGGCUUGGUUUGUGUUUCGCCUGAGAAACUUUUCAGUUUAACCUAUGAAGAAGCAUAUUAAUGCAUUGAAGACAGGUGUUAUAUGCCAUUUGUGGCAGAAGCUUUUAUUGCUCCUGGGAAUUCAGAAAAACUUCCUACUAUCCGAAUUGCUUCAAUCUGGAACUCUAAUACCUUCGUGUGAUUAAAAACUGCCCUACUUGGAACUUAUUUUGUCAGUACGACUUAUUUAUAAUUAUGUAUGUUAUCUAUUCAGAACAUGUUCCUCUAAUUUCUGUAAAAAACUCUGUUUCUUUUUCUUUAGCUAUCCUGGUAUUUUGAUGUUAGUUAUGUAUAUAUUAAUUAUCUACUACUAAUAUCGGUUGUCACUCUAUGUAUGAUAAUAUAUAUUUUUGUAGUAUGGAUGGAUCUUCUCGCUUUAUAUGAUCUAUGGAUUUAUAACCUCAAGAAAAGUAUAUCUAUUUAACAAAAAAAAAGUGAUUAAUUUUUUUACUUUGUGUUUUUAUUAUCUUAAUUUUGUUUGUUAGCAAUAUCGUAUUUCUACUAAUUUGAUUUAUAUAUCGCUUGACUAUUUUCUGAAAUAAUAGGGUUUUAUAUUAACAUGGUACUCGAAAAUAUAACUUGAAAUAACUUAAAUUAUAAAUAAUAGAAUAGGAAUUGUUAACCUUUGACCUAUUAAUUCGAUAAGGUCCAAGUUAACCCGCACAUUGACAACCUUAAUCUUAAAUCAUUUUGUAAAUUUAAAUUAUCAUAGAUUAUUACUCUUUCUAAUUUAUAUAAUUAAUGAAAAUUUGUGGAUUUUUAUUGUUAAGAAACACCCAUAUGUUUCCAGUAUUUAUUAUUCUUAAAAUAUUUAACAAAAGAUAAAUACUGAUACUAAUUUUGAAAUAGGAUAUUUUGGAGUUAUUCAGUACAAUAUGUUCCUAUAUAAGAUAUUCAUACUCCUUUUGCGUAGAUUGACACGUAUUAAAGAUCAAAGCUAUAAACGCUACUAUAUAAGUCUCCCUAUUCCACUUAUUUACUAAACAAAUCCUUAUUGUCUUCUCACACUACAUUCUGGAAACAUAUGCAAAAUAAGGAAAAACGAAUCCUUGCACUCGAUUCCUCCAUUAUCUAUUCUUUCAUAUACCAGCCGAUCUUAGUACGCACUUUUCUUAAUGGCAGUAGACUACAAUCCGAGAUGGACUCCUAGAGGUUAUGAAUUUUUCACUCUAUCAUAUUCUGAUAAUGAUUCUAAUCUUUCCAGUAACUUUUGGUUCCAUGUGUUUCAAUCCAGAUCUGGUAGACGCGUUGUUGACAAUCAAAUCUCUUCAUCUAGGUUUGAACAAAGAACCAGUAAUUCUCCGUCUUCUCAGUAAAUGGAUAGAUGAACCAUGUCCAAAUUGCUUGCCUAAUCAUGAAGUUCAAACGGUCUGGAUCUACAAAAAUGUAAAUCUCAAUCAAUUAUUUACCAUACAGAAUAGCAAACUUUUUGCCCAACUUCUUAUACUUGCUUUUUUUACUAUCCAGGAAGAUUUAAUUGAAGGCUGUAUUAUUAGUAGUAUUACUGAUGAACCAACAGCGUCUUUAUGGGUAGGCCAAAUUUACAUGGUGUGUUGUAGUGUAACCAGACCAAAGAGAGCAUCUAGAUCAACAUGCAGUAAUCCUCUUCGACUUCAGAUCACGAAAAACACUAAAUUUGAAGAACUGGAUGAAUUGCCUCCCUAUCCUUGGUUUCCUUCCAUUGGAUUCGAAGCAACACCAUUCCCAGAAUUGAGCAAUCACCUCAAUUUGCAGGACAAUCUGAAAGGUACUUAUUGACUUUAAAUCUAAUGAGAAACUCUAGCAUGACUUAAAAUACAUAUUCUGUUUACAGGCGUUAUGGGUCGAUUGUUGAGCAUAUCAUUCGAACAAGAAGAAAUGGUUUCUGAACUGACUACAUCAGCGACAAUAGAAGAUUGUUUGUAUGUCUAUCUAAUCCAUAUACUGAAUUUAUUAUAGAUUACAAAAGAUUUCAUUGGGAUGUUCUUACUUACUUUUAUUGCCAUGAAGUGGCAAUACUGUCAUGAUUAGAAUCACUCCACCAGUCACUAUUUUGAACGAACCAACCAUAGCGCAAAUGGAGUUAGCUGGGCCUGUUUUGUUAGUCUUCACUGCAAUGCAACUUAUAGUGAUCAAAGGUUCUCAUAGUUUUCCCUUUCAUAAAAUUAUCUGCCUCUGAAUAGGAUACAUGUAAAUUUUAGCAAGUAUAAUUUGAUUAAUCCUAUACAAGAACAUUAUGCUUGCUGAACACUAGAGGAACCCGUAUUAUCAAGGGAUACUACACACAUCGAUUCAAAGAAAUCAAGGACAGGUAAUGACUUACUAUGAUGCUAGAUUUAUAUUUAUAACUAAUUCAUGAUCUGAAUCUAACCAAAUAUGUCUUUAGGUUUGCACAUAUUCAUCAUCCUGUUAAGCUAGGCUCCUCAAAUGGUAUAAAUCCUCAGUUUGUUCGUGGUGAAAUACCAUAAAAACAACAAUACGUGCACUGCAUUUGAAAUUGGAUGAACUCUACCCACCAUAUAAUGUAUGUGCUUAUAUUAUUCUUAUGCAUAUAUAUCACUAAAUAUACAAAUGAAUUCAUAUUUGAUCUAAUGAUGUUUUUUUAUUUUUCAGUUCACUAUUUGGAUGCUCCUUAGAAUAAUCUGCAUCCAUCCAAAUCAAUCAAUGUACCCUCCCAAAGAUCCAUCCAAUGUUUAUGAAUAUGAUAGGUAUGUGUGUAAUGCAAAAAUGAAAAUUAUUAAAAAGUAUACAUGCUCAGGCCAUCUCAUUUUGUUUCAGCUUUGAAUUUGGAGUUUUGUGCGAGGACCGGUUCACAAAAUCCAAUUUCGUCUUUGAGCACAAUGCAUCAACUGCACUCUUGAAAUGUUCUUCUUAAGAAUUUUUCAAUAUGACAAAAGAAACAAGACUUGCUCGCAUGGCAUCUAUACAAGACAAAAUUUUUACAGCAGAGGUCCAGCCAAUUAUGAGGAAAGAUAACUUAUACCCGACUCUUCACAUUAUCACGCUAUGGGAUCCACUUUGUUAUUACUAAGAAUGGACUACUUACUAUGAACUAUUGAGCUAUUUAGGACUUUCCUUUAAUGUAUAGUAUAUCUGUUGAAGAUAAUUAUCUAUUUUCCUCGAAUUACUUAAUGUCAUGUCCUACUUUCCUUUCUUACCAAAUAGAUGUAUCAUAAUAUGUAUUCCACUUAUUCGCGAAGCGAAGCGAGCGGGUCUUGUCUAGUAACAAAUAAAAGUGAAAGCAUAGUGAAAUGGCAAGUGAAUGGCGACACUCGUGAGAAGAAGGCAAAAAAGGACAGAAAAUUAAGAGAAAGGAGAGAGCGUUUGAACUAGAGAGAGAGAGAGAAGAGUUCUUUUAGGAUAUACGACGUGAGAGAGAAAUGAGUUGAAUUCAAGGUUGUCAAACUAAAUUAAGCCUUCAAGUCGAUUUGACAAGUGAUUUGAGGUUUCAUGGUCGGAUCGAGUUCAACCAGUUCAAAUCGAUUUUAACAUAAAAUAUAUGAGAAAAUCUCUAAUGCCAAAUAGACUAUGCAUAUAUUUGACAUAUUAUAUACAUAUGAUAUUAAGACAUUGUAAGAGUAUUGAACACUUGUUCUUUAAAUGAUCCUUGGACACCCAUUUGAAGUUUCUCAUGGGUUUAAAUUAUUUUAUUAACUCAGCCGCGACUGUGAAUUUCAAUCUCUAAUGCUGACAUGUUAUGCGUUAUAAGCAGCUACUCCCCCUGCUCUGUCUUUCCUCCCCCAAUCCCACAUUCUCCAAUACGUCAGUGUAUUGUGGAGAAUAUGGAAGUCUUGUAAUAAGGUGGUCUUUGAACAUUAUCAACCACAUGCCUGUUCUCUAGCUCGUCAGUGUUAUUUCCAAGUUCUUGAAGUGUCCUCUGUGUUCCCUACUCUCUAGUCCCUUGUCCUUGCCUCUCGACGUUCUGCCCUUUGGGAGCCUCCCCCUCGAGAUUUCUUGAAGAUCAACUAUGAUGCAUAUGUUUGUAACUCUGGUUGCUCGGUUGACCUAGUUGUUUGUGGGGUAGACAGACAUGUCGUGUUGGCAGUAGAGGUUAACACUUUGGAGUAGCUGGUCCCUACUUGAUAGAACUACUUAUAGCUAGAUAAUGCCAUUUCGCUUAUCAUCUCCAAGAACCUGCCUAGUGUCAUCGUGGAAGGUGAUUCCAAAAUGAUUUUUUCAUUAGUUUCUCCAAGCACAUGCUUAUCGAUUGUCUUAAGCUCUUUCACUCUGUGUCAUUUUGUAUAGAGUUCAGGGCAGUUCCUCAAACGGAAAAUAGGGAUGCCCAUACAGUAGUGACUCGCACGAAACUACACCAUGAAUUAAUCCCGACUAGAGCCCAAGUUUUUAAACUCUAGUAGGGUGCAGUAUAGGGCAAGUAUUUACAUUGUCGAACUAGGCCGGUCCAUGUACCCCUAUUUCAAUCGCUUAAGUUGUUAUCUAGCAAAACGGUUUUGGGUUUAAGACUAAUAAACCUACAAAUAAAAACAAGUAAUUAAAGUAAAUCGAGGUUUUCUUAAUGAGAGAAGAGUUCACUCGGGUGUUUCACACCUAGCUAACAAUUACGACUUGAAGAAUCGAAUGACCGUGUGUGGUUAGGGGGUCAUAAACCGCAGGGAAGUCUAACAAGAAGCCAAAGCUACCCUCUUAGCCUCUAGGUUGAGGAAUGGGAUACGAUCCAAGCCACUAAUGUGACAAUCUCAACCUAUUAACUAAGGAAUGGUUAGACUUCACCCUCGAAUUGGAGUUCGGACGGCCACACACAACCAAACUCUAAGUGCUAAUGCGAAUUAGGAGGUUUUCCCUUUAACUAACCUAGAAUAGGAGGCAUAGAAUGCCCAAGGAAACCCAUCCCUAAUAGAGCCUCUUAAGUUAAGGAGGAUUCUCUCUAAACUAGCUUAGGAGGCCUUGAAUGCCCAAGGAAACCCAUCUCGAAUGAGCCUCUUAGGUUAAAGAGGGUUCUCUCUAAACUAGUUUAGGAAGCGUUGAAUGCCCAAGGAAACCGAGCCUCUUGGGUAAAGGAGGUUUCCUCUCUAAACUAGCCUAGGAGGCAUGAAAUGCCCAAAAACCUCAUCUCAAUAUUGAGCCUCUUAACCUAAGAAGGUUUCCUCUCUAAACUAGCUUAGGAGGCAUGAAAUGCCCAAGAACACCCAAUGAACCUCCUAACCUAAAGAGGUCUCCUCUCUAAGCUAGGUUAGAAUGACAAUUAGAUUAAUAGGCUUUCACACAACACAAUCAUUUCUGAAUGAUACCUCCACAUUCACAUUAAAACACAACCACACACACAAAUUAUUCAAUUCAUACAAGAAUUCACAUAAUUGUAGCUGGGGUUUAUAACACCCAAGUGAAUAGGUAGGCUAAUCCAUAGCUAGGCAAAGGAAAACAACAAAAAGGAGAGAAAGAACCAUGGAGAGGUGGAAAUCUUCCUCCCUUGUUGUUUGAAUCUCCCUUGAGAAGAAGAAAUCUUCAACCCCUAGCUUGAAUUGAGCCCAAUCUCCUUCUUCCUCCUUUGAGUGUCACUUUCUAUCUCUAGAAUGGGAAGAGGAAACCCUAAUCUCUCACUAGAAACCCUCUUUAUUCUGAAAACUAAAACCCUACCUAAAGCUCUCCUUUCUCCUUCAUCUCCCUUAUCCUUUUAUACCCAGAUCGGGCUCUGUUCACGAUCUAAGACCUCAGUUCACUCAGUUCAAGGUCUUAGACCUCAGUUCAAGGUCUUAGUUCAAGGACGCGUUGAUCAGUUCCAGGUCUUAGAACUCAGUUCACGACCGUGAACAUUGAAAUGCGUCCGUGAACUCAAUGCUGAGACCAAAACGCACCGCUUCACAUCUCUGGGUUCACAGUCUGUGGCUUAUGUUCAAGGUCUUAGAGACCGUGAACAACCUAGCGUUAGUAACCUCAAAACCCUCUAUGGAAGUUCCUUUGUUCACAGAUUAUGGCUCCAGAUCACGAUCCCGUAAGACCUUGAACUCCAAUGGCAGACCUUGAACUCCAAUGGCAGACCUUGAACACAGGCUGUUUCCUCCUCUUUGCUCCUUUUCUUCCAGCUUUCGACUCCGGGGUUGGUUUCACCUGUUAGAAUCUGAAACACAUUGACACACACGAAACCUAGCAUAAACCACCCCCUUUUUGGAGCAUAAUUGCAACAAAAGUCAAAGAGAAACAAGGAUAAAAACUGUACAAUUAGGCCCCAAUCACUUCCCCACACUUAGACGUUUGCUUGUUCCCAAGGAAACCAAGUACAAAACAAGGUAAGCUCACAACUUCUUUUUCAACAGAAUUUUUGGGGGAUGUCAUAGGGUAUAAAACAAAUGAAUCACAAUGGUUAUUUGACACCGACUUAUGGACAAAAACAAAGUAAUCAUGGCAACUACGACAAAUGGGUUCAACUGUAUUAAGAUUGUUCAAAAGAAGAGUUCUCACAUUAUUCACGAACCCACACACAACAUGCCUCGACGAAUCACCAAUCACAGUUACUCAUGCAUGAAGAUCACAUCGUAAGAAUGAACGAUCGAGCAACCUAGGUCCUCACCGGGGGUAUAAGAAAUGAACAAAACAUGAUGAAUGAAUCACUCACUCUCGACCAGUGGGAUCAGGACCAUUUGAUGCAAAAGAUGUGCAUAUUCACGCUCAAUCCUAACGUCCCUUUACCAUGAUGGUAGCCUCUAAAUGCUAGAGAUCACAAGAUGUGUGUCGUUGCUAGCUUGUCCGGAGGUCUUAGACACUGGUUCGAAUGACUGGCUAGGGUCUAGGACAUGGGGAAAAUUCGUUUUGGGUGGUGGCAAACAUAGCAUAAGGUUCCACACACACAUGUAUAAUGGACUACCCCCCCCCCCCCUCUCACACUUAAGCUCGACAUUUCCCUCAAUGGCGUAAAAGAAGGAGGUAGAACGAUGUUACCGGAUAGUGGUGAAUGUUGGUGUUCAGAAGCGCGGGGCGGAUGAGAUCCGAAAGAGCAAGGGGGUGGCAAAACAAAGGGUUGACUUAUAGAAGCCAAAAAGAAAUAAAUCGAUGGCGGUUGGGUUUCCUCCCAACAAGCGCUUCUUUAACAUCGUGAUCCGGAAAGUUGCUCUUCAAGUUUCGAACCACCCAAGAAACUCCUUGAAGUUGAGGUUAUCGUCGGUGAGAUGAAAUCUCAAGUCAUGAGCAUUUGACGAGUUCAUGAUUGAGGGGCUCGUGAAAUUAAUCGACUUUGAGGCUCCACCCACAAGACCUAUUCUUCUCCUUUCUCUUUGCCCCAUACCAUGUAGUGCAUCAUUGAUUUACCACCAUUGAAUCCACCAAGAGGGAUCUCCGAUGGUUUGACCUUGGUUUAGCAAAGAUCCGCAAACGAGUCAUUCUCCAAAAGCGCAUCGAGGUCGGGUGGAAAGCAUUGGUAGAACUUGUAAGUUGUGGAUGCUUCAUCCACCUCGACCUCGUCCUCAUCUUGGACACCACUUGCUUCUUCUCCUUCUUCCUCAACCUCCCUUCCUUCUUCAAUUUCCUCCCAUUGGGAAGGAUCAAGGUAUUCCCCUUCUUCAAUGCUCACUUCCUCCUCUUCAAUCUGUUCUUUCUCCUUCCCAUUCAUGUCUCCAAGCACGAAUUUGAGGGCAAGAUGCCAUGCAAGGUCGUAGAAGGGAUUCUCUUGCUCCUCCACACUCGUGUCUUGGUCUUCAAAUUUGCUUUCGGGAAGGGGAAGAUGAUGGGAGUCGUCAAUGCAACCUUCUUAUUCAUCCUCACCAUGAGAGCUCUCUGGGGUGAGUUCCUCUAGCUCCACAUGGUGUCAUUGAGCGUCCCUUCAACCUCCUCUUUCUCCUCUAAUAAUGAGAGGCGAUAGCUUUCACAAGCUCGUGCCACUUUCUCUUCUAGUGUCAAACCGGGAGGAGGAGGGAGGGGUUGGAAAUCCAUGCUAGAGCCCAUUCUUCCAAGGGUCUCAUGGCUUGCCUCUUCGACCUCCUCUUUGUAUUCUUCAAAUGACAGGAGGUGAUUGCGAGCAAGUUGUGCACAUGCUUGCUCAACAAGCUCUCCUUGCCCCUUUGUGCAUCGAUGAAGCUCCUCCGAAUCCCAAAGAAAGGUUGGGUUGAUAGGGAUGGCGAUGGGAAGGUCCAAAUUGGAGCAUCCCUCGUCGGUACCCCGGGUCUUGAUGGUUGUCCCAUGAAGGCUUCCAUGGCCAAAUCUAACUUGGAUUUCUCCUCGCGUUGUAGAGGGAAAUCUUCUUGAUAUGGGGAAGAAUCUUCAUAUCCCCAAUGGUAUGGUUGUUCUUCUUGAAAGGGGGGUUGGUAAUAGAACCUGGAUCCUUGGCUUCCCCCUUCUCGUUCGCUCCAUGAAGCUCUGGGGUACCCCCAUUCGGGUGGUUGUGAAUACCCCCACAUAUUGUAGAAGCCAUUGGGAUCCAUAAUUCAUAACCUACACAAACAAAAACGCAAAAACAAAUUCACCCAAACACAAACCACCCUUAUAAUAGAAGAGUGGGUAAACAAAACACAACAUAAAACACAAACAAAAAGGCAAGAUAGAAAAUGCUAGAGUAACACUAAACGAUCUUUUCAAAAUAAUGGACCGCGGAUCCCCGGCUACGGCGCCAAAAACUUGACUCGCACGAAACUACACCACGAAUUAAUCCCGACUAGAGUCCAAGUUUUUAAACUCUAGUCAGGUGCAGUAUAGGGCAAGUAUUUAAAUAGUUGACCCGGGUCCAUGUACCUCUACUUCAAUCGCUUAAGUUGUUAUCUAGCCAAAUGGUUUUGAGUUUAAAACUAAUAAACCUACAAAUGAAAACAAGUAAGUAAAGUAAAUCAAGGCUGUCCCAAUGAGAGAAGAGUUCACUCGGGUGUUGCCCCCUAGCUAACAAUUACGACUUGAAGAAUCGAAUGACCGUGUGUGGUUAGGGGGUCAUAAACCGCAUUGUAGUCUAACAAGCAACAAAAGCUACCCUCUUAGCCUCUAGGUUGAGGAAUGAGAUAGGAUCCAAGCCACUAAUGUGACCCUCUCAACCUAUCAACUAAGGAAUGGUUAGACUUCACACUCGAAUUGGAGUUUGGACGGCCACCCGCAACCAAACCCUAAGUACUAAUGCGAAUUAGGAGGUUUGCCUUUUAACUAACGUAGAAUAGGAGGCAUAGAAUUCCCAAGGAAACCCAUCUCUAAUAGAGCCUCUUAAGUUAAGGAGGGUUCUCUCUAAACUAGCUCAGGAGGCAUUAAAUGCCCAAGGAAACCCAUCUCGAAUGAGCCUCUUAGGUUAAGGAGAGUUCUCUCUAAACUAGUUUAGGAAGCUUUGAAUGCCCAAGGAAACCGAGCCUCUUGGGUAAAGGAGGUUUCCUCUCUAAACUAGCCUAGGAGGCAUGAAAUGCCCAAGAACACUCAAUGAACCUCCUAACCUAAGGAGGUCUCCUCUCUAAGCUAGGUUAGAAUGACAAUUAGAUUGAUAGGCUUUCAUACAACACAAUCAUUUCUGAAUAAUACCUCCACAUUCACAUUAAAACAAAACCACACACACAAAUCAUUCAAUUCAUACAAGCAUUCACAUAAUUGUAGCUAGAGUUUACAACACCCAAGUGAAUAGGUUGGCUAAUCCAUAGCUAGGAAAAGAAAAACAACAAAAAGGAGAGAAAGAACCAUGGAGAGGUGGAAAUCUUCCUCCCUUGUUGCUUGAAUCUCCCUUGAGAAGAAUAAAUCUUCAAUACCCUAGCUUGAAUUAAGCCCAAUCUCCUUAUUCCUACUUUGAGUGUAACUUUCUCUUACUAGAAUGGGAAUGGGAAACCCUAAUCUCUCACUAGAAACUCUUUUCAUUUUGAAAACUAAAACCCUACCUAAAGCUCUCAUUUCUCCUUCAGCUCCCUUCUCCUUUUAUACCCAGAUAGGGCUCUGUUCACGGUCUAAGACCUCAAUUCACUUAGUUCAAGGUCUUAGACCUCAGUUCAAGGUCUUAGUUCAAGGACGCGUAGAUCAGUUCAAGGUCUUAGUACAAGGACACGUUGAUCAGUUCAAGGUCUUAGUACAAGGACGCGAUGAUCAGUUCAAGGUUUUAGACCUCAGUUCACAGCAGUGAACAUUGAAACGCGUCCGUGAACUAAGUGCUGAGACCAAAACGCACCGCUUCACAUCCCUGGGUUCACGGUCUGUGGCUUAUGUUCACGGUCUUAGCGACCGUGAACAACCCUGGCGUCAGUAACCUCAAAACCCUCUCUGGAUGCUCCUUUGUUUAUGGGUUAUGGAUCCAGUUCACGGUCCUGUAUGACCUUGAACUCCAAUGGCCGACCUUGAACACUGGUUGUUUCCUCCUUUUCUUCCAAAUUUUGGACUGCAGGGUUGGUUUCACCUGUUAGAAUUUGAAACAUACUGAAACACACGAAAACUAGCGUAAAACCACCCCCUUUUUGGAGCCCAAAUGCAACAAACGUCAAAGAGAAAUGGGGAUAAAAAGUGUACAAUUGGGCCCGAUUCAAGUAGCGUGCAAAGCCCUGUUAUAUUCUCUUCUUGAGUUAAUUUUCUUCCGACUUUGUAUAUAUAUAUAUACAUAUUGUCUGUGGGAAAAAAUCUACAUUCAUAUAUUACCACAUAUAUUUUUUCAAAAGAAAUAUAUAUUAUAAAUUUAUCAAUUCCCAUCUUCAAACUUGGUUUUGACUAGUCAGACUUUAACAGAUUUAAUCUGGUUUUGAUUGGUUUAACCAGGUUUUGGAUUUUUUUUUCCAGAACCGUCCAAUCAAAGUGUAUUCCAACUAUUUAGAUGAUCGGUUUCGAUCUUACACGAUUGAAUUGGCCGGAUACAGAUUAGACGACCUUGGUUGAAAUCCUAAAAAAAUGCAGUAAUUGGAUAAAAAAGUCAAUUUACUUGGACAAAGCAACUUGAAAAUUGGGUCGAGAUUUUAGUAGACCUGGCAAUCGGGUUAGGUAGGGUAAUUUCGAGUUGGGGUCUCGAGUUACGAGUCAGGUCAUGUUGGGUUGACAGAUUUUGCUCAAAUAUUGACCCAACCCUUUGGGUUUCGGGUCGGGUUACAUGUCGCUUCGGGUUAUGAGCGUUCUCAAAAACAAUAUCAAACAUGUUUCAUAUUUUUUUUUUAAAACACAAAUCUUAACAUAUGCAUAGUACUAGUUUACCCAACACAUGUCAAUUAACAUUUUCUCAAAUCCUCCCAUUUAUGUAAUGAAAUACGAAUUGCACAAAUCGUUAAAAAACAAUCACAAGAGUAAUACUACUACAAUAAACACAUGAUAUUAUGAUUAUCCUAAAACUCCAACAUGUCUUUCAAAUCCUUGUGAAUUUUUUUUUUAAUAUCUCACCAAUUUAUGAGUGUUUUUAUCAUUUUGGGAGUGACAUAUGAAAUGGAGUGGGUCUAACGAGUCGAUCCGAUAACCCACCCAUCCUGACCCAAAAAAUUACAGGUUAAUUAGAUUUGGAUCAUUCGGAUUUCAAAUUAUAAAACAUUACUAUUUUUCGAGCGGGUUUAGAUCAUGUCAAUGGAUUACAUAUCGUGUCGUGAUUUGCCAUGUCUAGAUUUUAAUGGUGGGCUAUUUUUUUAUUUUAAAACAUUAGGCAGAUGAGGCUAAUUUAGCCCAUUUGAUAAAAGCACCACGCCAGAUCAGGCUUGCUACUACUAUUCUUUUGGCAGGUUAUUAUUUAUUUAUUGUCAAAGGAAAUUCAUUCAAUCAAUCAAAGCUUUUAUUAAUACGAAAAUCAUUUGGAUGAGAGGAGAGUAGUGAGCCGAGCAUAUUAGAAGAAGAAGCUCUCCCGAUUGCGACCUCCAGAAUUCAAUAACAGUCCCACUCAAUCUUCCUCUCCUCUUCUCCUCACGGGCCCGAUUCAGCGAUUAGGGCACUCCUCCGCCAUUUUUGGUAUUUCGUUUCUUGAUCUGAGGCUUCUGCUCGCUUUCUUCUCCUAGCUUUCUUCUGCAUUCCAAGGUAUCUCGCACUAGAUAUACCAAGUCUAACCCACAAGUUUUGCUGCGGCUUCCUAUUCAAUUCAACGCGUCUCUUGGGUUUCGCAACUUGCAUCUAAAGUUUUGGGAUUUCUUUCCCCGCAAAGACGCGAGCUUUUUCCUCCCACACCCUUUUCCCUUCCUCGGAAGAUAGAAAAGUCAAACAACUUUUCCUCUUGUGAGAUGGGUAUCAUCGUCAUAAUUGAAGAAUGACCCACUUCUACACUAAAUUAUGAAAUUGGCGGUUUUCAUGUUGAGUUUCCGGUUGGGGGUUGUUUUGGUUUCUUCGCGUUUUGGGUCUUAGUUUUGUGAUUGGUCUUGUUUGGCAACGCUUAGAUUCUUCUCUUCGUGGACGCUUUUGAUGGAUAUGUCCCGGUUCAUUGUAUUUCUCACCAUGGCGUUUCAGAAGUAUACUUUGUGAUGUUACCUGAAUAAUAAUUUGGAAACUUGUGUUUGGUUGACGGGAAAACUGCUAUAGGCCUCGAGACGUGAGACAAUCUUGAAGCUUUGUUUUACAUGAGUUCUCUUCCCUUCAUAAAUAUCCGUUCUUCAUGUUCUUGUGUCUCACCAAAAGCUGCUAGUUUUAGGAUUUUUCAGCAUGGGGGCGUUUGGCUUUGAUGUAGAAUGAUAGAAGGAAGGGAAGCUUAAGGGUUUGAUUGUCCACUGGUUUCCUUUGUAUAUUACUUUGGCGCUACUUGAAUGCUUAUUUCCUUUUUCAACAGUUGGAAGGAAGCUUUGGGAUAAUUCUGAUUCCUCAUUCUGUGAACAUCUGUGUGGAGCUACAUGGCAGUGGCAUUUACAAAUCUCUCACAGUGGUUGUGGAGUGGGAAGUCUAGGGAGCCCAGAAUCUCCAAUGGAUGAUCUUUAAGGCAGGAUCCAGAUCUAUUGGAAUCCGAUACAUUGAGAUUCCCAUUGGCCAAGGGGCGAGGUAUGGCCUCCUCCUCAUCCAGAAGAGUGAAGAGAAAAUGGCCUAGCCGGGAAGAAAGGAGAAUCGAUCGGGAGUAUGACGUGGUUCUUGUGCCAUCUGAUGGUGGUUGUGUUUCUGGUUCAGAGUCUGAUGAUUCUGAUUAUUCAAUUGGUUGGCUGGAGCCUCAUGGACCAGGAUUCCAGAGUGGUGAGGACACUGAUGGCAGCUUUGCUGUUCUAGUCCCAUGUUAUGGUCAUGCUAAGGGUAACCAGCUUCAAGACUCCGUGCAGAGAACAAUUGGUGCAGUUGUCAACAUCCCUGAUGGUUUUUCUCAAGGUAUGGCUGCAUCUGUCUCCGGCUACUCUUUGUUUCGAAGACUAUUCAACUAGAAUAGAAAGAGUGAAAAUUU